AUGCAAAUCUUUGUAAAGACCCUCACGGGCAAAACUAUCACUCUUGAAGUCGAGUCUUCAGACACCAUCGACAAUGUCAAAGCCAAGAUCCAGGACAAGGAGGGCAUUCCCCCCGACCAGCAGCGCCUGAUCUUCGCUGGAAAGCAGCUCGAGGAUGGCCGUACUCUUAGCGACUACAACAUUCAGAAGGAGUCCACUCUUCACUUGGUUCUUCGCCUCCGUGGUGGUGCUAAGAAGCGCAAGAAAAAGACCUACAACACCCCUAAAAAGAUCAAGCACAAGCGCAAGAAGGUCAAGAUGUCCAUCUUGAAAUACUACAAAGUGGACUCGGACGGGAAGAUCAAGCGUCUUCGCCGCGAGUGCCCCAACGCUGAGUGCGGUGCUGGUGUCUUCAUGGCUUUCCACACAGAUCGUCAAUACUGUGGCAAGUGCCAUAUGACGUACACCUUCCAACCUGGUGCAAAGCCUCCUGCUGUGUAG